AUGAAUCAAGAAAAUAUAAAACCCAUAAACAAAGAUACGGUGCAUAAAAUAUGUUCUGGGCAGGUUGUUCUUAGCUUAGCGGUUGCUGUGAAAGAGCUUUUAGAAAAUUCUCUGGAUGCUGGGGCAACAAAUGUUGAUAUUCGUUUUAAGAACUAUGGUAUAGAUCUUAUAGAAGUUUCUGACAAUGGUACUGGAGUAACUGAAGAUAAUAUGGCUGCAUUAACACUGCAAUAUCAUACUUCAAAGUUAAAUGACUACUCAGAUCUACUUGGAGUUACUAGCUUUGGCUUCAGAGGAGAAGCUUUAAGCUCUCUUUGUUCAUUGGGAAAUCUUACAAUUAUCACUAGACAUCAAACAAGUAGCUAUGCAACUAAAAUACAGUAUGAUAACAAAGGUAAUAUUUUAAGUAAAACACCAUGCUCAAGACAAAUAGGAACUACUGUCACAUUAACAAAUCUGUUUUCCUCUCUACCUGUAAGACAAAAGGAAUUUCAUAAAAAUUCUAAAAGAGAAUUUAAUAAGAUGACUAACUUAUUGUAUGCAUACUGUCUUAUAUCAAAAGGAGUUAAAAUCACAUGCAGUAAUCAGACGCAAUCAAACUCAAAAUCAGUUGUAGUAACAACUACAGGUUCACAAUCAUAUAAAGACAACAUAGCAUCUGUCUUUGGUCAUAAACAAAUUCAGAGUAUACUUGAAAUUAAUACAGAAAUUGUAUCUAACAUCAAAGAAAACAUAUUUAAGGGCUUAUCAGCAGAAGUGAAAGAACAUAAUGAAACAAUUGAAAUAGAUGAUGUUGAAAUUGAUUUAUCUGAAGAUUCUAAUGAUGCUGAUGCAAAUAAAACUCACAAUUGUAAGAGUGAUAGCUUUUCUUUAUCACAAAAAUCACAAGGAUAUAAAAAUAUUCCAAGCCCAGUUGAAUUGGAGGGGUUUAUAUCUUCAUGCGAACAUGGAAGUGGAAGGUCUAGUACAGAUAGACAAUUGUAUUAUGUCAAUUCUAGGCCAUGUGAGCCAACAAAAAUUAUUAAACUAGUCAAUGAAGUAUAUAAACAGUAUAAUUCAAAUCAAUAUCCAUUUGUGUUUCUAAAUAUAAUUAUAGAUAGAGAUGCUGUUGAUGUCAAUGUAACUCCAGAUAAGAGAAAAGUAUUUCUUACUAAGGAAAAGGCCAUUUUGGAUGUUGUAAAGGCAUCUUUAAUAAAACUUUUUGAGAAUAUCCCUAAUACACUAAAAUUAAAUUCCACUUUUAGUGAAGACCAAUCUAAAGUGUUAGUGCCUAAUUUAAGCCAACCUAGAAUCUUUAAUUCCUUUAUGCAACAAUUUAAUAAAAACAAAGAAAUAAUUACUGAUUUGUCUGAAAUAUCUGAAAAGAAUAAAUCCAAUGAUUUAAAAAGAAAAUUACCAACAAAUUUGGACAGUUUUAUAUCAAAAAUAAAGAGAAGUCAUGAAACUGAUGAUAAAAAGAAUGAUCAUGAAAUACCAAUUAAUAAUGAACUUAGCGAAGCAAGUUUAAACAGUAAUUCUCCCAAUGCCACACUAAAACAGGAUAUAGACUAUGUUGAAGCAAUCCCAUCUUCAUUAGAAACAGCAAAUGAUAAUGUACAGGAUUAUAAGAAACAUUCAGAUUUUAUAGAAGUAGUUACUACUAACGGACCCGAAAAUAAAGAUAAUCUAAUAACGAACGAUAUAAUUUAUUUAGAAUCUACAGAAAAAUUACCAGCAACACAAAUUUUAACACUAUCAAAUGUGAUAACAAAAGAUUUGCAUACAAUAUACUGCAAAACAAAAGAUCCCAAUAAGAAAACUUCUACAGAGAAAAUGGAAGAAAUAAAAACUUUUGAUAAUAAAAAAGUGAAAACUGACCACAAUGACUUGGGAAAAACAUCUAGACCAUUUGUUACCUUUAAAACAUCUUUGGAACAGGUUAAAUGCUUAACUGAAAUUUAUAACAAGAAAAGCAAAAAGCAAUUACCCGAAAGAAUAAAAUUUAAUAGCCGCAUUGAUCCCGUGUUUAAUAAAAAAUGUGAAGAAGAAUUAAAUAGGGAAAUAUCUAAACAUUCAUUUAAACAGAUGCAAGUGAUUGGUCAAUUUAAUCUAGGAUUUAUCAUUACCCGCUUAGAUGAUGACCUUUUCAUCAUCGACCAGCAUGCUACCGAUGAGAUUUAUAAUUUUGAGACUUUACAGAAAACUACUGAACUCACAAGUCAAAAAUUGGUUAUCCCUCAACAGCUUGAGCUCACUGGCGUCAAUGAGCAAAUAUUAAUGGAUAAUUUAGACAUAUUUAAAAAAAACGGUUUUACGUUUGAUAUUGAAGAAAACGCUGCUAUAACCAAAAGAGUUAAAUUAUUAACAUUACCAAUGUCUAAGAACUGGAUAUUUGGCAAGGAUGAUAUUGAAGAGCUUUUAUUCAUGCUAAAGGAAUCUCCAUCAGAAUACUGUAGGCCUAGCAGAGUAAGAGCCAUGUUCGCGUCGCGAGCUUGCAGAAAGUCUGUCAUGAUAGGCACAGCUCUUAGCAAGGCGGAUAUGAGACAGUUGGUCGAUCACAUGGCAGAAAUCGACAAGCCCUGGAAUUGUCCGCACGGGAGGCCAACAAUACGCCAUUUGGUUAAUUUGGCUAUGGUGCAUACUUGCUAA